GCCAUCUCCAGUUCAUACUUGGACUUUAUCACCCCAAACAGAAACUGCAUAAUGCGCCACUGUACUCAUUGGCUACCGUUUUUCCUUUCAACAUGAAACCUGAAACCACCUGGUCAGAAGUGGAUCAUACUUUUCGAUUACUAUUAGCUGGUGCUUUGGCAGGAGGAAUAGCAAAAACGACUAUCGCACCUCUCGAUCGAGUAAAGAUACUCUUCCAGACUCACCAUUCAGAAUAUGCCAAAUAUAUGAAUUCUUGGAGAGGUGUCAUGAACGCUUUAGCUCACAUCCUUCGAACGCAAGGUUUCCUUGGCCUUUACAGAGGCCAUUCUCUGACUUUAGCUCGGACCGUACCAUACGCUGCCAUAGGAUACACGAUGUAUGAUAGCAUGCGUAAGGUUCUUGUUCCCCGCCCAGAAUACGAUACCUAUGGUCGAAGAAUGCUGAUAGGCUCGAUAACUGGAAUGUCAAUGCUGCCCUUCGUGUACCCGUUUGAGCUUGUCAGGGUACGCAUGGCUAUAGAAACCAAACAUUCCCGCCUGCGUCUUCACAUAUGGCCGGUAAUCAAACUUAUAUAUCGGGAGCCGACAAGACAUGAGCAUAUCUUCGGACAUAUACGACACUUCUAUCGAGGCUUCGUCAUUACCGCGCUGGGCACAAUCCCUUACCGUGGCGGCGUAUUCCUAGUGCUACAGACGCUAGAUGGCUGGUGUCAAGAGCAUCUUUCUCCUGAGUCGCGUAGGUCAUAUUUCCAUGCUAUCAAUCUGGCAAAUGGAGGCAUCGCUGGUACGACCGCACAAGCCAUCACGUACCCUCUGGAGGUAAUUCGUCGAAAUCAACAAGCGAGUGGGGGCUUUGGUUAUUCCGAGCCACUCAAUUUUCGUGAUGCAGCGCGGUUGAUUUGGAAAGCUGGUGGCUGGAGAGGUUUCUACGCAGGUCUUGGCAUUGGCCUUGUGAAGCAGGUGCCCCUGCAUAGUAUAUCAUGGGCAGUGUGGCAUGCUGCCAAAAGGUUUCUGCACGUCUAGGCAGCAGUGUUUCCUUUUUUGCAGUUACGUGCGACGUAUGAGACUCUGGACUGCACUUCAGAACCCAUACCGAUAGAUGUGGAUGUGUGAUUUGCAUGGCGAAGCUAAGGAUACCCGUUAUCACUGUGUUGUCGGCUCGCUGGAAUUUGGAAUGAAUCGCAAUUUUGCUAAAAGCAGCGCGUCCCACUC